AUCCAAUAAAAUCAUGGGCUAAAACCGAAACCACAUAAAACUCCAAAGCCACGUACACUUUCCAAAUCUUUCCCUCCUUUAUGAGCUUCCAUGGAGAUUUCCUCAAAUACCAAUAUCGUCUCCUCCAACUUCUCCAAUCUUGUUCAAAACUUCGUGCCCUUAACACAACAAAACCACUCCAUGCACUCACAAUCACUAUCAGCCCAAACCCAGAGCAAUCCACCUUUGUUUACAACAAUAUUAUUUCCUUCUAUGCAUCAUUCAACCAAGUACCAAUGGCGCACAAAGUGUUCGACAAUAUGCCUCAAAGAAACAAAGUGUCUUACAAUUCAAUUAUUAGCUGUUUUAGUAAAUAUGGUUAUUUAGAGGAAGCUUGGAGAACGUUUUGUGAGAUGAUAGAUUGUGGGUUCAGGCCGAAUAACUUUACCUUGUCUGGUUUGUUAUCGUGUGCGUCAAUGGAUGUCGGUCGUGGGAUUAUGUUGCAGGCACUGGCAAUAAAGAACGGGUUAUUCUGUAGUGAUGCUUUCGUGGGCACUGCUUUGUUGGGUUCAUUUGGAAGAUGUGGGUGGUUAGAUGAAGCAUUCCAUGUUUUUGAAGAUAUGCCUAAUAAAAGCUUGGUGACAUGGAAUUCGAUGAUAUCAUUGUUGGGGCAUCAUGGUUUUGUGGAAGAUUGUGUAGUUUUGUUUCGCAAGCUUGUUAGGAAAGAGGGUUCUUUGUCUAAAUGUUCUUUUGAGGGUGUUUUAUCGGGGUUGGUGUGUGAAGAAGAUUUGGAAUUCGGAGGACAAAUACAUGGUUUGGUCAUUAAAAGCGGGUUUGAUUGCGAAGUUUUAGUUUCGAAUUCUCUUAUCAAUAUGUAUGCGAGAUGUUCAAGCAUUUCCCAAGUGGAGAAACUGUUUGAGGAAGUAGAUGGUAGGGAUGUAGUCACGUGGAACACAAUAAUUAGUGCCAUCUCAAAAAGUAAGAACCCUGGAAAAGCAUUAGAAGUCUUUCUGAAAAUGUCUGAGGAUGGAAUAAUGCCUAACCAGACCACAUUUGUAAGUGUCAUUAACUCUUGCACCAGUUUGCUGGUCCCAAUGUGUGGAGAAUAUGUCCAUGGUAAAAUAGUGAAAAGUGCUCUUGAAACAGAUGUUUAUUUGGGUAGUGCCUUGGUUGAUUAUUAUGCCAAAUGUGGUAAACUGGAUAAUGCCCAUUAUUGCUUUCGCGAGAUACAUCAGAAGAAUGUGGUCUCUUGGAAUUCUUUGAUCCUGGGUUAUGCAAAUAAAUGCUCUUUUGCUUCUGUUUCUUUGUUGCUAGAAAUGCUUAAGUUAGGCUUCCGACCUAAUGAAUUUUCAUUUUCUGCUGCUCUUAAAUCAUCCUUGGUUUUAGAGCUAAAGCAGAUUCAUAGCCUGACUAUAAGAUUGGGCUAUGAGAAUAAUGAAUAUGUAUUGACCUCCCUUAUUACCUCCUAUGGCAGGAAUGGUCUCAUAACUGAUGCUCUAAUCUUUGUUAAAGCUUCUGAAACACUGCUUGCUGUUGUUCCCGCUAACAGUAUUGCUGGAAUUUAUAACAGAUCUGGCCAAUACUUUGAGACAUUAAAGUUUCUUUCUCAGCUUGAAGAACCAGACACUGUGUCUUGGAACAUUGUUAUUGCAGCUUGUGCACGCAAUGGAAAUUACAAGGAGGUUUUUGAACUUUUUAAACACAUGCGUGUUGCUCAAAUGCUUCCAGACAAUUACACAUAUACAAGUCUUCUAUGUGUGUGUAGUAAGGUCUGUAACCUUGCUCUGGGAAGUUCUAUUCAUGGUCUCCUCAUAAAGACUAAUUUCAGUUAUUUUGAUAUUGUUGUCCGCAAUGUGUUGAUAGACAUGUAUGGAAAGUGUGGCAACCUUGAAAGUUCAGUAAAGAUUUUUGACAGUAUGACAGAGAGAAACCUAAUUACAUGGACAGCUCUAAUUUCAGCCCUUGGAAUUAAUGGCUGUGCUCAGGAAGCAUUAGAAAGGUUUAAUGAUAUGGAAUUUCUAGGUUCUAGACCUGAUAAGAUUGCUUUUAUUGCGGUGCUUACGGCAUGCAGACAUGGUGCUUUAGUCAGAGAAGGGAUGCAGUUGUUUGGUAAAAUGAAUAAUUACCAUAUUGAACCAGAUAUGGAUCAUUAUCAUUGUUUAGUGGACUUAUUGGCUAGGAAUGGACAUCUUGAGGAAGCAGAGAAAGUGAUUUCCUGCAUGCCUUUCCCACCAGAUGCCCAAAUAUGGCGUAGCUUUCUUGAAGGUUGCAAGAAACGUAGAAAUAAUGAGGAUCAUGCAGUGUGCAUAAAGUAAAAGUCAGUUCUUGACAUUAGUGCAUGCAUACAGAGGAUUAAGCCUUCAACAUGUAAACUUGAAAUUAUUUUCUCAAAGGUUCCUUUCGAGACAUUGUGUAGCCUUUGCUUCCAGAUAAAGAAAGAGAGUACAGACACUCUGAAUUUCCAAGGCUAAUUAUUUGUUGGUCAUGCUGAUUAAAUGUGCCCGGUGUGGAGGCCAAAUUAACAGUUGGAGAAUUACUGAAAUGAGUUUUUUUCCCUCUCUUCUCUGCUUAUCUCAAGUGUCGCAUAGGUCUAUAUUGGUCAUGUAAUUUUGUAAAUUAACCUAUCAGGAGUGUGCAUCAUCAUCCAUGAAACUCUACCUUUAAACCUGCAUUACCAGAGCCAAACAUUGCCCUUAACCAACAGAGAUGCCAGUUUGAGCACUUUCUCCUCCUUCAGUUUGUGGCCAUGCAUGGUCCACCCUAAGGCUUUCCUAUGUUCAAUGGUAAAGUCUGUCCCUUGCAUGUCAAACUAGGAUAUUGUAAGAUUCCUGCAAUUCUAAAGCAGUUCGUGAUAUUUGUUUUGGAACAACUAGACUAAUUCAUGAUAGUGUCACACAAUCUUUGGUGACUCACUUGCAUUUCAUUCAAACGGUUUGGUCCAUAAGUUCUUUAUGCAUCGAUCUACUCUUGAAGGCUUAGGGUAAUGACCAUCUCUCUCAGUCACUUCUGCCCUUAAGCACCAAGUAUUUUCAAUGUUGAUCCAAUGAGCAUAAGAUCAAUUAAGAAAAACAGAAUGAAAUCCAUAAUAUCUUUUAUCAGCUGGGGGAUCUGAAACUACGGCAGACUCCAAAAUAUUAAAGCCUCAAUUGCCCAGAUCAGAUGUCCCUAUUGUGUCAUGCAGGACUGAAAAGGAACAGUGCGAGAUGAUGCAUAUGAUGUUAAGUUGGAACUCUCAAGGUACUAUCAAGUUUUUGGGGCAGUAAAGCUGUCUAAAGUGUUACAUUUUGUGUAUUUAAACUCUUCAUAUGUUGGACAUGAUUGUGAGAAAGGUUAACAUGUUGUCCUUGAUUUAAUUUUUUCA